UCACAACCACUCAACCCAUACACACAGCACGAACAUGACGGCCAGAGGCCUUUACAUUCCCGCCAUACCCACCCCCAACCACCUCCCACCCUUCACUUCAAAAUCCCCGCUAUUCCCACCACCCUUCGGCCACCACCACCGUUUCUCCGCCACUACUCUCACCCGCUCUUCCCUCACAGACCAGCCCCAGACGCUCUCAGCUAAGAGCCACCUCCUCACCCUCAUCAGUGACCAAGAACGCGGCCUCAACACCCAAUCCAACCCACAAAAGCUCUCCCAGAUCAUCCAAGCCAUUGAUGCCGUAGCCGAGCUCGGCCGGGGCACAACCACCACCGACGACUCCCUCUCUGCCACGUGGCGGAUGCUGUGGACCACGGAGAAAGAGCAGCUCUACAUCAUAAAAAACGCAUCAGUUUUUGGUACCAAAGCCGGUGAUGUUUUGCAAGUGAUUGAUGUCCAGAACAAAACCCUCAAUAAUGUCAUCACUUUCCCACCUGAUGGGGUCUUCUUCGUCCGGUCUACUAUCGAAAUCGCAUCCUCACAGCGGGUGAAUUUCAGGUUUACGAGUGCAGUCCUUCGUGGGAAGAAUUGGGAGUUGCCUUUGCCUCCUUUUGGCCAAGGGUGGUUUGAGACCCUGUACCUUGACAAUGAGAUUCGGGUUGUGAAAGAUAUUAGGGGAGACUAUUUGGUUGUUGAACGGGCUCCCUAUUCUUGGAAGGAAUGAUGGUGGAUAACUUGAUAUCACCCCGUGACCUGUUUUGAUUUGUGCCUAUAAGCAAAACGUAUCUUGAAAACCAUAUAUUUUUGUACUCCAUUGGUUGUUGAACGGGCUCCCUACUCUUGGAAGGAAUGAUGGUGGAUAUCACCCCGUGACCUGUUUUGAUUUGUGCCUAUAGGCAAAACGUAUCUUGAAAACCAUAUAUUUUUGUACUCCAACGACCAAAUGUGCUUUGCAGUUUAGUACUAAUCACAGUUCUUUUCAGACGAUACUGCUAUGCGGGUAAGAAAUAAGAAUCGCAUCGGUUUCUCAUAUCCAUUGAGAAGUCUCCUCCAAUCUCACUUGUAUUCGGAUAACCAAUCUUUAAGAGAUUUUCAGCAGAGCACUUGAUCCUGCGUAAAUAAUUGGAUCGCCAUUGUACAUUAUUGGAUUCUCAGCGUAGUUUGCCCAUGAUACAUGUAAAAUGUAAAAUGUACUGUUGAUAAUAGCUUUUCACCA